AAAAAGCUGUUUUAAAAGCCAUGGUUAGUGGAGCACCGCCACCAACUGUUACCUGGGAGCGCAACAAGGGUGAUGUCAAAGACACAGAAAAGUACAAGACCAGAUAUGAUGCAAGGGCUCGAGAGCACAUUCUAGAGAUACCUAACGUAAAACUCGCACAUGCUGAUACCUACAAGUGCUUUGCAACCAAUGAGUAUGGAAAGGCUUUCUGCACUGCAGCACUCAAUGUUACUGAAGGCGGUUUACAGAAGAAAGGCCAGGCAGGAAAUGGACAAACACAGGAUUUCAGAUCAAUGCUUAAAAAAACCGUUGUUGUCACGAGAAAAAAACAACUACCACCACAGAAAGAGGGAGAAAUAGAUCCUAAACUCUGGGAACUGCUUAUCAGUGCACCAAAGAAAAACUAUGAAAAGAUAUGUUUGGACUUUGGAGUGACUGACUUCCGGUGGCUGCUGAAGAGACUCAAUCAGAUGAAGAAGGAAAGAGAAGAUGAGCAGGCAAAGGUAGUAGAAAAGUUGGAGAAUGUGAAACAAAUAGAAGUGAAACCAAAUGGCAGAGCUGAAUUUAGCCUUGACAUGAAGUUAUGGGAUCCAAACAGUACAAUUACAUUAUACAAGGAUGGAAAACUGGUGCCAUAUGGUGAUGAUGAAAACUCAAAGCAUAUUCUUAAGAAAAGUGGGACAAAGUACAUUUUCAGCAUCAGAGAUCCUGAGCCAGAAGAUGCUGGAUUUUACCAGGUUGAUGUUGACGACGCAAAUGUUCUCACAACUGACUUUCAAGUGCCUUCUGUGGAGUUCAUAGACAUGAUUAAAGACGCAAAGGCCGUUGAAAGUGAGGAUGCCAUCUUUCAGUGUGUCUUGUCUACACCCCUGAACGGAAUCACUUGGUUAAAACAGGACUCAUCACUUGAUCAAGGAGAAAAAUAUGAGAUCACCGUCUCAGAAGACAAACUCACUCACACAUUAAGAGUUAAAGACUGUAACAUGGCAGAUAAUGAUAAAUACUAUGCAAUUGCUGGGAUAACUUCAAGCAGUGCCUCUCUCACAGUGGAAGAUCGAGGUGUUCAGUUUGUCAGUGGCCUUUCAGAUACUAAUGCUAAUGUCGGUAAACGGGCAGAGUUAUCUUGCAAACUAAGCAGUGAUACGUCAAAGGGAUGCUGGUAUAAAAAUGGGAAGAAGUUAACCAAUGAGGAUGGGGUCACAAUUGUCAAAGAUGGAGCCUGUCACAGGCUGAUAAUUGAGUGCUGUAAAAAGGAUGAUACAGCUGUGUACCGCUUUGAAGCUGAAGGACGCAAAUCAGAAGCAACACUUAAUAUUCAAGACCCACCAAAAAUUGACAGUGACGCUCUGGGAGAGUUCACAAACGCAGUUAUUGUAAAGGCAGGUGAAACUGCAGAAUGGAAGUUGCCAUUCUCUGGUGGGUGCCCAAUGAAUAUUCAUUGGUACAAGGAUGAUGAUGAGCUGUUGCCAGCAGUCAAUGUAAAGAUUGAAACAUCAGAUACUGAAAGCCGACUACGUCUUACAAAGUGCCAAAGGAAAGAUAGUGGAGAGAUCAAAAUCAAAAUCAAAAAUGAAUAUGGUAUAACGGAGGCAACCUCCAAACUCGUCGUAGUAGACAAACCCACACCACCACAGGGACCUGUGGACAUUGUGGAAAGUGCUGUAACAUCUAUUGAAUUCAAAUGGAAACCGCCAAAACAAAGUGGAGGGUACCCCAUCACAAACUACAUCAUAGAACGUCAGCAAGUGGGGCGCAACAAAUGGUCAAAACUGGGUGAGAUCUCUGGCAUUGACCCAAGGUACAAAGAUUCAGAUGUGGAUCCUGGAAGGAGAUACUGCUACCGGAUCAGAGCCAAGAAUGCAGAGGGCAUCAGUGAUUACCUGCAGACAGAGGACAUGGCAGCUGGUGUAUUACGUUAUCCAGGAACCCCAACAGCACCUAAGGUGGUCAGUGCUUUUAAAGACUGUAUUACUCUGUCAUGGAGUCCUCCAUGUGACACUGGAGGAACAAAAAUAGUGGGGUACAAUUUGGAAAAGAACAAGAAAGGCACCAAUUACUGGAGUCUUGUAAACCAAGGAGGGCCAAUUACAGCCACAAAGUAUGCAGUAAAAGACAUCUUUGAAGGAGCAGCAUAUGAAUUUAGAGUGUCUGCAAUCAACCUGUCUGGUGCUGGAGAUCCUAGUAUUCCAAGUGACACAAUAAUCGCAAGGGAUCCAAUGAAGCCCCCAGGCAAAGUCACAGACCUGAAAUUAACGUCAUCUGACUACACUACAUUUUCACUGGCUUGGAUUAAACCCAAAGAAGUGAGAGGGGUAGCAGAUGAAGCCCAUGGAUACUAUGUGGAAGUUAGACUCCUUGAAAGCCUUGAAUGGACACGCUGUAAUAGCCUCCCCAUCAUUCGAACUUCCUACACUGUGGUUGGCUUAAAGGCAAUGGCCUCAUACUGGGUGAGAGUAAUUGCCACCAAUUAUGGAGGUGAUGGAGAACCUCAGAGCUUUGACAAUUACCUAACUGCCAUUCCCCCGCCAGUAAGGCCAAAAUUCAAAGAUAAAAAAAUGAAGACAUUUCUUGUGGUGAGAUCUGGGAACACCGUGCAUCUGAACAUCAACUUUGAGGCCUCCCCACUACCAGAAGUCACUUGGUUAAAAGAUGGUAUGCCAGUGUCUAAACAUGUGACAAUUACCACCUCUGACAAAGGCUCUCAAAUGUUAAUCCCCACAUCUGAGCGGUCUGACACGGGCAUUUACACCAUUUUUAUCAAGAACCUUGUUGGCCAGGAGAGCGUCAAUGUUGAAAUCAGAGUUACAGAUGAUCCAAAGCCUCCAGGACCAGUAGAGCUGGAUCAAAACAUCCCAGGAACAGUGACUCUGUCCUGGUCUCCCUCUCCAGAUGAGAAGAGGGAUGACAGGCUCCAUUACAUGAUAUCUAAACGUGACUCCUUCAAGCCAACUUGGAGGACAGUGGCUGACAACCUUUUCAACAACAAGUUCACAGUUGUCAACAUUUUGCCUGGGUGCGAGUAUAACUUCAGGGUGUUUGCUAUAAAUGACAUGGGCCUUUCAGCACCAUCUGAAUCCCCCAAGUUCGAAAUCAAAAAGAAAAAAGAAAAGUUCAAAGUGAACAGGCCAGAGACUAAAAGCUUGGACCUUGAGUCACCUCCGUCUUUUCUUGUUCCCGUGAAGAGGCGUACAGCUCCACAAGGUUAUGAGAGUCACAUGAGUUGUGCAGUUAAGGGGAAUCCAGCACCUCGUGUGACAUGGUAUUACAACAAUAUCAACCUCAACACAAAUACCAACUACCACAUUAGGAAUGUGUGUGGCGUUUGCUCAUUGCUCAUAUUAAGGGCAGGAGCCAAAGACAAUGGGGAAUACAAAGUAAUAAUUGAAAACAAACUAGGAAGAGCCGAGUGCUCAAUGAUCCUAAAUGUCAGAGAGUGAAGAGGAACUGCACCAUCUGGACAGAAGCUAAGCUAAAAGAUACCUUACUGCAUCUCGAAUUAAAUAAACUACAUCUAAUGACAACUUGGAAUAUCUUUAAGUUACUCAAUUUCCCGUUAGCUUGAUUCACCAGUGCUUAAUAUUUCUAUAUGUAAAUGUUUAAGCCUACACGAGCCUACUUUUU